AUGGUAACUGUCAAGAAAACUGAACAAGAGCUGUAUGACGAUGCUGAGAGGGAGUUGAACGAUGUUAAGAGGAUAUUAGAGGAGUUCGUAAAUGAAAGAUAUAAAAAGUGUUUGACAGUAUUAGAAGACAGACUAUGGAAGAAGAAGUAUAGUGACAAAGUGGAGAAAAAUGAAUGA